CCAUGGAGGAUGAGACGGCGGCACCAGCAGCCAAGAUCCGGAUCAAGACGAACCCGUACAUCCCCCAUGAGGUCGUCACCGAGAUCCUCCUCCGGCUGCCCGUCACAUCACUUCUCCGGUUCAGGUGUGUCUCCAAGGCAUGGCACGCCACCAUCUGCAACGAUCCAUCCUUCCAGUGCACGCACCUUCGCCGGCACAGGACCGACGACCCGUGCCUGCUCAUCGCCCCGCGGAUCCAUGCCAUCGGCCAAAAUUUCAAUGGUAGCCUCACCGGCCUCUACCAGUGGGAGGAGGACCAUGCCUACGGCACCGCGACGGCCCUCCUGUACCCAAUGCCGGUACCUCCGUUUCCCAAAUUUCUCGAGGCGCACGACCUUGUGCAUUGCGACGGGCUGGUGCUCGUGGGAACCCGGUCCGCAGCGUGGCUGCUCAACCCAGUGAUGCGCCGCGUCAUGGAAUUACCCUAG